UCACACGAGUGUCCCCAGUCCCGCAGAUCACAGUGCACGUUCCUCCUGCUCCUUCCGGAUGGGAGCCCCUAGGCCCAGGCACCCCCUCCCCCGGAGCUGGAGGAAGGGGAGGAGAGAGCCGGCCUCCACGCAGCGCAAGGGGCGGUGCUGCGGCGGGGCACGCAAGGCCUCGGCCCAGCUGUGUAAACGCUAGCCCGGGGCUCCCUGGUCUGCUCUGCUCUGCUACGCGGAAGGCGGGAAGACAUGGCGGGCCAGGUUAUAAAGUGCAAGGCUGCAGUGGCCUGGGAGGCCGGCAAACCUCUUUCUAUAGAGGAAAUCGAAGUGGCCCCACCAAAAGCUCAUGAAGUUCGAAUCAAGAUUAUUGCCACUGCCGUUUGCCAUACCGAUGCCUAUACUCUGAGUGGGGCCGACCCAGAAGGGUGUUUUCCAGUGAUUUUGGGACACGAAGGAGCUGGGAUUGUGGAGAGUGUUGGUGAAGGAGUGACGAAGUUUCAAGCAGGUGACACCGUCAUCCCGCUUUACAUCCCACAGUGUGGAGAAUGCAAAUUUUGCAAGAAUCCUAAAACAAACCUUUGCCAGAAGAUAAGAGUUACCCAAGGGAGAGGAUUGAUGCCUGAUAAUACAAGCCGGUUUACCUGCAAAGGGAAGAAGAUUUUUCAUUUCAUGGGGACCAGCACAUUUUCUGAAUACACAGUUGUGGCUGAUAUUUCCGUUGCUAAAAUUGAUCCUUUAGCACCUCUGGAUAAAGUCUGCCUACUGGGUUGUGGCAUUUCAACUGGUUAUGGUGCCGCUGUCAACACUGCCAAGGUGGAGCCUGGCUCUACAUGUGCCGUCUUUGGCCUGGGUGGUGUUGGCUUGGCUGUGAUCAUGGGCUGCAAGGUGGCAGGGGCUUCCCGCAUCAUUGGAGUAGACAUCAACAAAGACAAAUUUGCGAAGGCCAAGGAGUUUGGAGUCACCGAAUGUAUUAACCCUCAAGAUUUCAAGAAGCCCAUCCAGGAAGUGCUGGUGGAAAUGACUGAUGGUGGAGUAGAUUAUUCUUUUGAAUGUAUUGGUAAUGUUGGCGUUAUGCGAGCAGCCCUGGAAGCCUGCCACAAAGGAUGGGGAGUCAGUGUGGUGGUUGGAGUAGCAGCUUCAGGUCAGGAGAUCUCCACUCGUCCAUUUCAGCUGGUAACAGGCCGUACCUGGAAAGGGACAGCCUUUGGAGGAUGGAAGAGUGUUGAAAGUGUCCCAAAGCUAGUGUCUGAAUACAUGUCAAAGAAGAUCAAAGUGGAUGAGUUUGUGACUCACAACCUACCUUUUGAUCAAAUCAAUGAAGCCUUUGAAUUGAUGCACACAGGAAAGAGCAUUCGUAGCGUGUUGAAGAUGUAAAUCCUGAGAGCAAAAUGCAGUCAUCCCUCCACAUCUUGUGCCUCUCUCUAUAUUAGUAGACAUGAAGCUAAAGAUUGACCAGCACUUCCUCUUGCUGUAGUUAUCUGAUCUCGUGAAUAAUAGUUCUAUAUAAUUCAUGAUAUAUCUGUUGAAUGUCAAUAGGGUCACAGAUUUCUUUUCUAAUCUCUACAGAGAUUGUUACUAAUGUAAUUGUAGGUUGCCUCAAGAUAAAAUCAUUUCUACACUGUUAUGUAAAAGCUCCGUCUUUAUUCUUAUGUUUUGCCUGAGGGAGGCAUUAUGGUCUAGUGCAAAGCUUCUUAAACAGUGGGUUGCAACCCCACAUGGGCUCAUGUAACUGAAUGUGGGGGUGGCAAAAAUUUGGGCAAUAGUAAAAGAUUAUGUUACCUAUUUUAUAUACUUGUAUACCCAGGGUUGCAUAAAAAUUUCUUGGGCAAAAAGGGGUCACAAGUGGGAAAAGUUUAAAAAGCCCUGAUCUGAUGGGUAGAGGGCCAGCCUUGGAAGUUAGAAGUUUUGCUGCUAAUAUAUAUUAGCUUCAGUACCUCCAACAAUUCUCUAGGACUAUAAGUUAUAGAUAAUAAUGAUGAUGAUGGUGGUUAUAACUAGCAUUUAGGUUCACUUUACAGAUACCUCUUUUGGUCCUCACAGACACCCUGAGAGGUAGGUUAGGGAAACUAAGACAGACAGAGGUUAAGUGACUGGCCCAAGGUCAUAUAGCUAGUAAGUGUGUAAGGCAGGAUUUGAACUCUGGUCUUUCUGACUCCAGAAACAUCCACGGUCCCAUCUAGCUGCCUGAUGUUGCUGAUCUGUGUCAGCAGAAGCUGUUUUCAUGCUUGGCAUUCCUCAAAGUGUUGAAGUCCUAAGUCUGAACCAAAACAAAGUUUUCACUACUAUUAGCUCCUUAGUGUUUCCUCUGAUGUUUAAUAAUAAUAGUUAGUAUGUAUGCCAGGUACUUUACAAAUAUUACCUCAUUUAAUCCUCAUGACAACCCUGGAAAGUAGGUGCUAUUACUGUCUUCAUUUUACAGAUAAGGAAACUGAGGCAAACAAGUAACUUACCCAGCAUGACUCAACUAGGCAUCGUCUGAUAAUGUAUUUUAAUUCAAGUCUUCUUGACUCCAGACCUGGCAUCCUGUGCGCUAUGACGGUACCUGACUGCCUAUUUAAUAGUAUUUACAUUUAGAAGGGACCUUAGAAGUUAUCUAGCCCAAUCCUGAUACCUUUACAAAUGAAGAGACUGGGAGCGGCUAGGUGGCGCAGUGGAUAAGCACUGGCCCUGGAUUGAGGAGUUCCUGAGUUCAAAUCAGGCCUCAGACACUUGACGCUUACUAGCUGUGUGACCUUGGGCAAGUCACUUAACCCCCACUGCCCCACAAAAAAAUAAACACAAACAAAAACAAAAACAAAUGAAGAGACUAAAGUGGUGCAAUGAAGGGGACUGGAUUUGGAGUUGGAUAUCCUGGGUUCAGAUCCUGCCUCUGCCAACGUAUUAGCUAUUGACCUUAGGUAAGUCGUGAUAGGUCUGACUAGAUAACCUCUAAGGUUCCUUCAUAAUUACAACUGCCUCAUUUUUCAGGUAAGGAAACUGAGGCACAGAGGUUAAGUGAUUUGCCCAGGUGCCCAUAGCCAUCAAGUAUCUGAAGUGGCAUUUGGACCCAAGCAUUCCUCACUUUCAAGUCCUAACAACAGCUUACAGCAUUGCCAUUGUAGCUACUGAAGGGGCCCAAGAGCCUAACUACUUUUUGUUUUUGUUUUGCAGGGCAAUGGGGGUUAAGUGACUUGCCCAGGGUCACACAGCUAGUAAGUGUCUGAGGCUGGCUUUGGUGUCUGAGGCUGGGUUUGAACUCAGUCCAAGGCUAGUGCCUUAUCCACUGCGCCACCUAGCUGCCCCAAGCCUAACUACUAUUAACGUGGCACCACACACAAUAGCAGAGAGCUGCUGCUCCUAGCCUGACUGCCUUAGGACUGGUGGGAAAGUCCUCCUCCUCAAAUCCUUAGCAGGACUCUUUAAAAAUUUCUGUUGGCAUUUUCCAGUGGACCCAUCAAAACCAUUCCCAAUGACUGUUUGCCCAAGGCUCACAAACUUGGUUUGGUCUUUUUUUUUUUUUUUAGAUUAUUUAGUAGGUAGGUAGAUGGUACUCAAUAGCUGACAGACACUGUUGCAAUCCCUUCUCUCAAAAUAGAAUUUUUCUCAAGUAUGCCAAAUUAAAACAAAUAUUGGUUCUAUGGGAGGAAUGUUAGUCCAAAGGCAAAUAUGCAAAUCAUUCAUGAAAAAAAUUAGCUCAAUCAGAUCAUUACUUUCUACAUUAUUUUAACAACUACUGACAAAAAUAAAAGAUCCAUAGACUUUUAAAAAUGUUAUUAUAGUUAUGCAUACCACAGUCAGGCAUAAAAUCCAAUGAAGAUGUGGAUUAACAAGCCUAGGGCUAAGAUAAACACAGGACAGACUAAUAACUUUAAAAAAAAAAACCCUUUCCCAAGGCCUGUUGGACCAGUUUUGCUAAAGUUGAAUCUCCUGCUGGGGCAGAAAGCUAUAAAAUCUAUCUAGGUCCCCUGGCAAGCCCAAGUUCAAAGAUCAAGCAAUCAAAAAGUACCCUGGAUAUGUCAGGCAUUCCUAGACACUAUAGCUACAAGCACAAAGACAGAAACAAUCCCUACUGUCAAGUUUAUGUUCUAUUGGGAGAGAAAUUAUACAUAUAUGAUUAUAGACAGAAUAAAUUUGAGAGAUGGAGGGCACUAUCAGCUGGGGAUCAAGAUAAUAUUUGGUAGAAGCUGGCGCUCGAAGUGCCCACCUUGGAAGAAGAGUUGAGUCAGGAACACCCGUUCUCCACUGGUAUUUAAACAUUCAAUGAGGGUCAUCUUUGGUUUACAAGAGAAAACCACUAACCUUAAUCUAUUAAUUAUAUGCUAGUCUUAAUUAAUAAAUUGAUUAAUAAUUAUCCAGAAA